CAGGGUGUCGGACGGUUGGGCGGAUACUCGAAGAGGAUAGUGCUUUGAUGGAGGUUGCUUGUGGGGGAGGUAGGAAAGGACCAUUUGCGUCCUGCGGGGACUGCAGCGUCGGCAAGGAGGGUCGGCAACGGCGACGAAGCGGUUAACCCUGCAGUGACAGAGGCAGCGGCCGUUCGACGACUGCCGCUGAGCCGCUCACUGAUUGCCUGCUUCCUUCCUCCCCGUCAGCUCCCCCACCCGUCAGCUCGUGCUCCUUCUAAGCUUAGCCUGGCCCGGCCCGGCGCCGCAGUCACCAUAGAGACGGAGACGACGACGGCGCCGCCGCCGCUUGCUGGCAAGCAAUGGACAGGAGCCUGCUGGUGGGCUGCGCCGGGCUGAACCGGAGGGCGCUGCGGGUCGAACGAUAAUAUUCUAUUUCCUGUCCUGCUUCCUCCUCUUCGCCCCGCUGAGGCGCCCGAGAGAAAGACCGAGUCCUGCGCUGGCCCCGCUCGGAGGGGCAGGAGGAAGGGGCGCCGCCGGCGGCCGGCCGCGUUCCAGACAAAUGAAGUUUUUCUGGCACUGAUUCUGGUUCUUGUUGGCAGCAGCCUCUGCUUAAAUGGAAGCCUCCUCUGGGAGCUGGAUGGUCUCUACUGACGUAGGCUUUGCAUAGCAGCUGCAUCACCUCAGGAGGCUGCAAUGAGUGGAGGAGGAGAACAGCCAGAUAUCCUUAGUGUGGGAAUGGUAGUCAAAGAAAGAUGGAAAGUGUUGAGAAAGAUAGGAGGUGGAGGCUUUGGAGAAAUUUACGAUGCACUGGAUGUGGUUACCCGAGAGAAUGUUGCACUGAAGGUUGAGUCAGCUCAGCAACCAAAGCAAGUUCUGAAAAUGGAAGUAGCUGUGUUGAAAAAACUGCAAGGGAAAGAUCAUGUCUGUAAAUUUGUUGGCUGUGGAAGGAAUGACAGAUUUAACUAUGUGGUCAUGCAGUUGCAGGGUCGGAACUUGGCAGAUCUGCGUCGAAGCCAAUCGAGGGGGACUUUCACAAUGAGUACUACUUUGCGACUUGGCAAGCAAAUUCUGGAGUCUAUUGAGAGUAUUCAUUCUGUGGGGUUUUUGCACAGAGAUAUUAAACCAUCCAACUUUGCUAUGGGGCGCUUUCCUAGCACCUGGAGGAAGUGUUACAUGCUGGAUUUUGGCUUGGCACGUCAGUUUACCAAUUCAUGCGGGGAUGUCAGACCACCCCGAGCUGUUGCUGGUUUUAGAGGGACAGUGCGGUAUGCAUCAGUCAAUGCUCACAGGAAUAGAGAAAUGGGACGUCAUGAUGAUCUUUGGUCCCUUUUUUACAUGUUGGUGGAGUUUGUAGUUGGACAGCUGCCCUGGAGGAAAAUCAAAGACAAGGAACAAGUGGGCUCCAUAAAAGAGAGAUAUGAUCAUCGAUUGAUGCUGAAACACCUCCCUCAAGAAUUUAAUGUCUUUUUAGAUCACAUUUCUACUUUAGAUUAUUUUACAAAACCUGACUACCAGCUUCUCAUGUCUGUCUUCGACAACAGCAUGAAUACUUUUGGGGUGAUUGAAAGUGAUCCUUUUGACUGGGAAAAGAGUGGAACUGACGGCUCUCUGACUACUACCACCACUUCAACUACUCCUCAACUGCACACUCGUCUGACCCCAGCUGCAAUAGGCAUUGCCAAUGCCACACCAAUACCAGGAGAUUUGUUGCGGGAGAAUACAGAUGAAGUGUUUCCAGAUGAGCAGCUCAGUGAUGGUGAGAAUGGUAUCCCUACUGGAAUUUCUCCAGAGAAGCUACCAGAGUCUCCUGGACACAAUCGUCCUCAGGAAAAGGAUGUGUGGGAGGAGAUGGAUGCAAACAGGAAGAAGAGACAACUGGGCAUCCAUAAAGCUGCUACAGAAGAGGAAAACAGCCAUGGGCCCAUUAAUGGUUUGCUUAAUGCACCAAGCCUUGGUUCUCCAAUUCGAGUUCGCUCAGAGACUACACAGUUAGACCGGGAUGUCCCCCUGGUACGGAAGUUACGAUCAAUCCACAGUUUUGAACUGGAGAAACGUCUGACCUUGGAGUCAAAGCCGGAUACAGAAAAAUUUCUGGAAGUCUGUAUGGAGAAGAAGAAAAGAGAGUUGAAUGCUGGCAAGGAAUCUGUUAUUGCUGCUUCCCAGAAAACACCUGCACCUGCACUCACUUCCUGCAAUGAGCAUGUUUGGCACUAUGAUGAAGAAUACCUACCUGAAGCUUCCAAGCCUGCUUCUGGCAGCUCUCCAGAGCAGGGUGAUGGUGUUGUUAGCAAUGGAUAUGUGGCUGUCAAUUUGAGCUCCUGCCAGCAGGAGGUUGACUCCAAGGAGUGGGUGAUGGUGGAUAAGGAACGGGACCUGCAGGAUUUCAGGACGAAUGGAGUUUUAGGGCAUAAAACAACUGGAAGUCCUUCUGAUGAGGAACCUGAGGUACUUCAAGUCCUUGAGGAGUCCCCACAAGAGGAUAAGCAUGAAGUUCAUGCCAAGAAUACAGUAGUGGAAACAGCACUAGAUCUAGUGGUUGAAUGUUGUGGUAUUGCAGCUUCUGAACAGUUUACAGAUCAACUAGAACUCCCAGUUGGAACUGCUGCCCAUCUUCUUGCAGUCACACCCACCAGUCUAAUGGAAGCCCAAGCAGAAGGGGCUCUUACUCCACUCAACUCACCUCACAUGCUGCAUUUCUCCACCCCAAGAAUUUCAAGCCCUGUCCUCCGUACCCUGAGCCCUAUAACCCUCCUCACCUCCCACCCGGGCCCUAAGAAAGAGGCUGGCUUUCCAAGGAGUCAAUCAGCAGAGAGCCACUCUUCCUCUUCCUGGUCAGCUGCCCGUAGGCAACUUCCUGUCAUUCCCAGUGGAAACAAGUUUCCCCCUGUCAUUCGCCUCUCAAAAGCACAGCUCCAACAGGUUACAAUACCCAGGCCAUCAAUGGCGUCCACGCAGUCUGCUUCUGAGAGCUUUCACUAUGGCCAGCAGCUAGGGAAGAAGGAUCGAGACCCUCGACUUAUGGAACAUACUAUUGAACUUUCCUCUCCUAAGGAGAAUUUAGCUGACUUUAUAGUGGCAAAUGAUGCAUUAACUCUUAGUGGUAUUAAAAUAGAUUUAGGACUCAAGUUAGACCAUAACCUAGAGGUAAAUGAUAAGCAAGGAUGUGUUGGAGAAAGUGUUGAAAUCCAAGACCCCGACCAAAACGAUUUACUUGAAGAAGGCAUGAGGAGGCAUGAAAAGAAGGAGCUUGCAAAUCUCUUUGAAGAAGCAGAAGACGGACUGCUUCCCAAGGCUUAUGAAGAUUCAGUUGAAAUACAAAGUAAAGGACCAUGCUCAGCUGCUCUAGGGAACACAGAAUCUGUGUUGGAUGGACCUCAGGAAACUACAGAACCUGAAGAACUGAGGCCAAUGACUUCCUGCUUAUUGCCAAAUCAGGAUGUAAAACAGGAGAUACUGAAGCCGUCAGCUGCUGAAACAUCAGAUAUUUCUUUAUCAAGAAAUACUGACCCAUUUGUUCAUAGACAGGAGAGCCAAAUAGUACCAGUGCAAGAAAAUGGCUUCCAUGAUGAGGAGGAUAUUGAACGUGCAGAUGAAUUGCAAUACCAACAAGUGAACCUUGCCACCCUUUUGCACCAAGAUGACAAAGAAGAGCAAAAUGUUCCCAGAAAUGGAGAACUGUUCCACUGUGUUUCUGAGAAUGAGAAUUCUAACGAAUCCAAGAAGGAGUUAGUUAGGUCAUCAUUUGUAUCUAGACAGAGUCGCAUUCCAGUUUUAGCACAAGAGAUAGACUCCUCAUCAGAAUCUUCUCCCGUUUCAGCAAAGGAGAAGCUGCUCCUAAAAAAGGCUCAUCAUACAGACUUGGUUAGACUACUGGUAGAAAAGAGACAGCUCAAAACUUUCCUUGGUGACCUCUCAAGUGCCUCUGACAAGUCCUUGAAGGAAAAGGUAGCUGCUGGUCCUUUACCGCUUUCUGAGGAUGUCUUGUCCUCCUUUCCCAAGCUAACAUUGGACACACAUUUGAGCAGCCAAGAAGAAGAAAGUGUUUUGUCACCAAGCAGUCCUCAGUCCAGAAAAAGCAAAAUUCCAAGACCAGUAUCUUGGACUACUACAGAGCAUGUUAACAGAUCAAAUACUGCUCAGUUUUUUCCUCGGCCACCACCAGGACGACCACCAACAAGGCCUGGAGUAGAAGCUAGGUUACGCAGGUACAGAGUGCUAGGGAGCAGCAGCUCUGAUUCCGACCUGAUCUCACGUCUGGCUCAAAUCCUUCAGAAUGGAUCUCAAAAACCAAGGAGCUCUUCCCAGUCUAAGAGUCCAGGAUCUCCACAUAGUCCCAAAACACCACCCAAAAGCCCAGUCAUCCCCAGACGCAGCCCUAGUGCCUCCCCUCGGAGCUCUUCUUUGCCCCGUACUGCCAGUUCUUCACCUUCCCGGAGUGGGCGGCCACACCAUGACCAGAGGAGUUCAUCGCCACAUCUUGGAAGGAGUAAAUCACCUCCUAGUCUUUCGGGCUCUUCAUCUUCCAGGAGAUCUUGCCAACAAGAGCACUGCUACAAGACGAGCAAGAAUGGCUUGAAAGGAUCUAGUGGCUCCUGCCACCACUCUAACAUUAAAACUCCCACAGGGAAAAGCAAAUCAACCAGUAAACUUAGCAGAUAGGAACUGAGUCUUGUCAGGUGUCACAGCUCCCUCCCUAAUCUGAUGCAUGUUGUGUCUGUGUACUGUGUAUUUAAACAAAGAAAAAGUCUUGAAAAAUCAGUGUUCAUCCUGACUUUCAAAGGAAAACUAUGAUAACUUUCUUUAUGACCCACUUUGUAUAUGAGUGGGAAGACCUUGCCUAUGAACAAGCAAGCAGAUCAGGGAGGCUAGAGGGCAGGGAUGGAGCAUCCGGAAAGCCCAAGAUGUGUGAAAUAUUCAGAACAAACAUUGUCUCUGAGGUGAGUGUUUUUAAUAAGACUUUAAUUUACUUUUUAUUUAUUCAGUAAGGAAAAUAGCCUAAUUAAGGCUUAUUCUAAACAUUAUAAAACCUGAAACACUUAAGCUUCAUCAUGACACCAUUAGAUCUGAGAGUCCAACUCAGCUUGUGUUUUUAAAAAGCACAUUAUUUGAAACAGCAAUAUUCCUAGGUGUCUAUUUAAUUCAAAGUUGGGCUUCACACAUCAGUUUCCUAGUUGCUCACUGCCCAUGUUCCCUCAUGGUUUACACUUUCUUCCUUGUAAAACGAAUAAAAUACCCCUGUGUCUUAUACCACUAUAUUUAUCAUGGACUGCAACCCUGUGCAAAGUUAGUGCAUGUACUUUCAUUUAAACCAAUGGGUGUUUAACAUUUAUGUAACUGCAUAGGGUUGCAAGCAUGAAUUUUUAGAUUUUCUGGAAAGAAUUUUGCAUACUGAUAACUGCUGGUCUGUAAUGCCCUGAUAACUGCUGUUCAGACUCUGAUCGUUUAUCUGUGUGUUAAUUUCUGGAGCCGUAGCAUUUUCCUCUAUGUUCCCAUCAUAUAAUAAAUAAAGAGUCUGGCGAUAAUUGUCACAGCUUGAGUUAACAAAGAAAAGAACGAACAAUUUCGACCCUGGCACUUUCCUGUAGUUCACUAUAAGUGCAAUACUUUAGCAGGGUGCAAAGGAGAGUCACUAUUAUAGCUGAUCAGGAUUUUCCCAUUGGGGUGAUUAUAUGUAAUCCGUUUACCUUAUUCACAAUGUUCACCUUCAGUAUUAAUAGUGCUGAAGAAGAACAGAAAUGUUUACAUAGUUGGACUUCUUCCUUGAGAAUUUAACUUCUAUCUCGAAGAUAAAUGAAGCUUUAACCUUCUACUCAAAAAUUACUGCAGAAUCUGCACAUGUAGUAGAAGCAGCAAUUCCUUCAAUUUCUUUUAGAAUCUGGGCAAGAAUACUUGGCAGUAAGACCUGCAGGGCAAACCAUGGGGCUAUUUCUCACAACUCAGUGUCCUUAAAUCUGUAUUGUAUGGAUAGAGAGCACAUGUCCUUCCCUUCCCCUAAUAUACAAAUAUGACCACGCAGCAUCUGCUCAGGAAGUUAUACAUGUUUAUUGGGGUGGAGGUGGAGUUAUAACCAUUCUCCUAUUCAUAUUUGCUUUUGGGGACAUUGUAAAUGUGGAAAGUAACCCACCCAAAACUCAAGUUUAAGGAUUGUCUUCCACUCCCCAGAAAUUUUACCCUUUGAAUAAGGUCAAGGGCAGCUAGAUUUUCCAAACUUUAUGUAGAUACAAUGACAUUUGGAGGAAUGACUUCCUUUGCUUCAUCCAGAAAUUGAUAGUGAAAUCAGAAGAGUAAAGCACAGGAAUGUUUCUCCACUGAAUACAACCAGCUGUCUGAAUGAGUAUCUGUUCUACGUGAUACGGGAUAUGGGGGAAGCCAUGACAGUUUCUGAUCUGCUUGCUAUAGUCAUAUGCCUGUAGCCAGCAUAAAUACUUUAUUUAACUUGGUUUUAUUUAACUUAAUUUGCUGCCAAAAUAGUAUAUUUGGAUGGAAAAGGGAAUAUCUUCUCUCUGAGCUAUUGUAUUUCUAAUGCUGCAUCGAUGCUGCACUGAAUUUCACUUGUUCUGUCAGAAUGUGUUGGCGAUUUUUUUACUCAUAAAUGUGUAUAUUAUUUCCCAUAAGUAAUGUAGCACAGUGUGGAACCUUAGCCUCAUUCAGGUUUCAGACACUACAGAGGAAUGCAAUAGGGAGAGCAUACCUACUGUUUCUCAAGAAACUGUAUGAUUUUAAAGACAUGUUAUGUUGUAUUAUAUUGUAUAAUAGGUGCUAUACCAAUAAUUGCAUGUUCUCAUGGUAAAUUAUAUAUUAUAAAUAUUUAUAUAUAUAAAUAUAUAUAAAUAUAUAUACAUAAGCUUCUAUAUACUUCCUUACUCUCUCGUUUUCCAUUUGUAGUGUUAUAGACCACAGACAAUGCAGUACUCUUUAUGUUGCGUGCCUGAAUUAAAUACCCUUGGCCUUGUAUCUUGCAUUUCCUGGCAUGCUGAAUAUUCUUCAUCCCUCAGUUCAGGAUUGAAGGGUUGGUGAUUGCUCAGCAAUUCAGUGUUUUUAUAUCAGCUUUGUCACUUUAUAAUUUUCCAAAUGCAAGGAACUGGAAGAACUGUAUGUGUGCUUGCCAGGUAGGAUUGUAUGUUUUUGAUUUAGCCAUGCCCUUAUGAGAGGCUUUGAAAGUUCAUUGUUCCUCUUUAUACUCUCCAGUAGGGGAUAACAAAUUCUUAUUAGAUCAAUAUAAUAUGAACAAAGAAAUCUAAACUUUUUAAAAUGUUGUCAAUGACCUUGACAACUCUCCCUGCCCUUCUUUUCUGGUUUCUGAAGAGCACCUGGUUUAAUCCUUUUUAGCCCCUGCUGCAUUGGUGUAGGCAAUUCAUAUUUGGUGUUGACUUUAAUAAGAACCGUUUGAAACUCUCAGCUGCAAUCACUUGAGGCUGUAAUCCAAAUGUUCUGUUUUUCACACAUUGUUAAAUUUACAGGAAUAUAUCCACAAACUAGUUAUCCCAAGAUAAUCUCAAUAAAACAGAAGCGAACUUGAAAUAUUAACCUGUCCCUUUUUGAAAGAGUGUACAAGAGCUUCCAGGGAAUAAAUGAUUGUGAGGUUACAUAUAUUUGCUUGAAUGAAACUUUUGGUAGAAUUCUAUUCCCUUGGAAUAAAUCUGCCUUGAUACUACAAAGCUGUAUGAAUACUUCAUGCUUAUUCUGAUAUUUUCCUGAGACAUUUUAUUAUGUAAAUUAAUCUGGCUUUUGAAGUCCAAUUAAGAGAAAAGACGCUGGCUUUUCUCUUUUGCUUAUGACCUGUUUAAAAGCUAUCUGUAAUAUUUGCAGUUUCGAUAAUUUUGUACUAAAACCAGGGGAAUGAUACUUCCAGAAGAGCCCUGGAGGUACUCCUUCAUAAACCUGUCCAGGGUAUCAGUAUUGUAAGAAUGGUUCCCCUUGCAUGUAGGGAGAUGCUUACCCCAAAGAUUUAUUUUCCUGCUUUCCUGACAGGGACAAAAUGAUAUCUUUCCUAUGCAUUGACUUUAAAAGAAUGUUGUAGAGAAAUUGUUAUACAUCCCUUUGACAUAUGGUAUGUGUCCUCUGAAAUUAUUGUCGCAGGUAUGUUAUGUUUGAAAUACAUCUGUAUUUCUUUCCAUGUUGUAAAAGUGCAAAGAGAAAUAGUCCAGGCUCAAUGGUAAUUAUGGAAAGAAUAGGAUGAUACCUGUGUGUAUUUGAUGCAGUGACUGGUAAAAUUGUUUAGAUUGUGUCAUUCAGCCAAACACUACUCCAAUAAUGGUUAGAAAGCCAUUGGUUUAGUAAUGAAGCUUUAAAUUAGUAUAAUAUGGACUAUUAUCAGUCUCUUAAUUUAUCUGUACUAGUUGGUAAUUUUAUUUCUCCAUCACAUUGAUUUCUCCAUAACUUUUACCACUCCAAGAAGUGAACCAAAAAGGUAUUGUGAAUUAAUUACAGUAACUCUAGCUGCAUAGUAAUGAAGCCAUUGUUAAGUAACUACUCUUAUAACUUUAUGUGCUUAAUUGGGGUUAUUUGUUUUUUGGGGGAAGCCUAAAGGUAAGAAUUAAUAUGCAUGGUUGGGGCUGAAUUAGAAUACAUGAUAUGCAUUUCUUCCUCUGCUUCAGCCAGGACAAGAAGCAGUUGUACAACCUUUUCUUGAACAUGCUGCAAGUACUUCCUCAUAAAUAAACUUUUAGUCUAUAGGAGCAUGCUCCACCCUUCUUCAGCCUCUUCACAUCUGUGGGGAAUGCUACCUGAGAGCAGUGAGAGGGGUAGCAUAUUCCUGUUGCACAGGUUCUCUAAACUGUUGCUCCUGUCUGUAAAACUGGUUGUUUUACAGCUUUGGGGAUCCCAUUUCAUCAUGAAGACUUGCAUGAGAAGCAAAGAUUAAUCCUUGCCAAACGGUUCCAUAUCGCAUUUUUGCACACCUUAAAAAAAAAAAAGUGUAUCAUCCUAUUACAAUGUUUAGUUUGUACUUUAAAUAAUGGCAUUAGUAAAUAAAGUUACAGAAUUUAGGAAUGUGUUGUUAGCAAACUUCACUGUAAUCUUCAGAAACAAUAAGCUCUUCUGGACGUCUGGCAGUAUGCUAACUGGAACACUGACCCUUUCAUAAUUUUGUGGCUGGAAGGAAACCGGCUAGCAAUGUAACCUAGCCACAAGGAAAGGGAAGAUAGCUAGAAACUAUACCAUCUGUAAUUUGUUUGUAGGAGUGACAAGUUUUAUAUGCCCAUGAUGCUCAUGUACUUUGUAUGCAAAAGGAAAUUGAGAGCAUUUUAUAUCUGCAUUUGAGAAGAUCUGUCGACUAAACAUUGUUCUUAAUUGACAGUUCUGUUAACUGCAAUAAGAAAAUAUAGAACUCUAAAUUUGGCCUUUUAAAUUCAUUACCUUUGAUUUUAAUUACACAUUAUGUGUAUUGGAUGUUGUCUCUUGAUUUGAUAGAAUUCAUCAGCCAGACCUUGCUGAACAUCUCUUUCACCAAUUAAAGGGGACCACCAAUAUAAACAUCUGUUCUAAUUCUAGUUAUGACUUCUUUUUUGUACAAUUUUGGAAAUGUACAGUUCUACAGUGUUGCAUAGAACCAAACUCACCUCCUCCUUGAAAUAUCAACAUUUGUCUAUAGUACCAAUCCUCCUACAAAAUAGGACAGGUGAUUUUUCAUAAUGCUUUGUAACUGUUUCCAGAAAACAAAGGAUACUAUUUCUGAUAACAGUAUGAGAUUAUGAACACAUGCCAGUGAAUAAGGUCCAUAGGAGGGUGAAAGAAUAAUUGUGUCUGCAUUUUAAAACCUAUUAUCUUUCUUUAGUUUAACUAAUACAUUGUUUGCAUAUUGUCUAUUUAUUUAUUUGCAGAAAGCAAACCUUUUAAAAGCGGUACAAAUAUUUGGCAAAGGCCAGCUUGUUCGUAUUGACAUAGGUGAGGGAGAAAACUAUUUUGCUGCUGUUAUAGACUCAAUACUGCAAGGUGUGGAACAGGUUGGUUCCCUCCCCCCUUCCUGGUAAUGCCAAUGGAGAAUCAAGGUGAUGAUCAUCCAAGUUAUAUACUAUAUUCCCAAAUUAAUAUGCUGCUAUACUUUCUCCUGUAGUUGAGAUCCUUUUGUUUUUACAGUAAAGGUAGUUCGGUCGUCUAGGCCAGUUGGCACACAGAUCCUCUUAUGGCAGCCUUUCCCCAGGAAUGGGUGACCCAGGAAUGGGUGUCCUGGAUCCCCGGGCCACAUUCUGAUGUCCCAAGAUCAAGGAUUUUAUGCAUAAGAUGUAGUAAUUCCACAAAAGUUCCUUUCAUUAAACUUAGGAAAGUAGUCAGAGGAUCCAGCGCAAUGCCUGCUCCUCCUUAUCCUCUAUGUUAACAUAAAAUGUAUGCUGUUGUGGGGUUGGAGGGCAGUAUAUCAGAUUUGCAUGGGUGUGCUUGGAGAAUACUCACAGCUGAAGGUUCUGAGAGUUGCAUUGAUACAUGGAGGUGGUGUGGCUCAUACAAUGAAUGAGAGGCCCUCCUCCUGAUAUAUUGUCCCUGCUGUUUUUUGAGGAUUGUGCUGUAAAAGCUAUAAUGUCUGACUUAUGAUCCCUUAACUGUUCUUAAGGACUGCCCAGAGCAGUCUAAGUUUUUAGUAUAGUGCCUAACCCUUUCCUUUGUCAAACAGGCAAGGAAAUAGCAAGAAAGGGGAACUUUGUACUUAUUGUUCUUGCUUGUGUUGCCUGCUCUUUUCACCAACUAGUUAGUGGGAUGAGUAGGCAUAGGCCUUGAAUUGGAUAUUUGGUACAUUUAUUGUUGUGCAUGUAUUUUAGCUGACUGAUUAGUGUAUAGAAGAUAUGUGCAUAUGAACAGAGGUGUGUGUGUGUGUGUGUGUGUGUGUGUGUGUGUGUAUAUAUAACACAGCUUCCUCCAGAACUUGGCCUUCCAUUUUACAGGUUUUUUCGCUCACAACCCCUCAAAAAUAGCCUGUGGGGUGGGGGAAAUUGAGUGGGACUGAAGGUAAUCUUAAGCAAAUAUACAUAUAUUAUGAUAAUCAGAGCAGCCUAUGUGCAUAGAAAUUUACUGUGUGUUGGUCUUGUGUUUUAAUGUGGGUAUUGCUCCAUUAAAUGAUUUUGGUCUCUUUGCUCUCUCUGGUAACAAAUUGUCUAAUAAUAAUACUGGCCUAACCCCUAGUGCUAGAAAAUGUUCCACUAUAACUUUUACUGCUUUAGAUUAGCAACUUUCUUUUUAUGAAGCUCUAUUCAGCUUGCUUGUAGUUAACUCAAAGGAAUGUAUCCCCCCUGCCCCCUUUACAGUAAUUGAUCACUAAAACUUAUUUUCUUAGUAGGGCUAUGAUAACAUCACACAGAGAUGGGAGUUCUGACUUGUGGGUGCACCCCAUUAUGUCUAAAAUUUCCACAUAAUUCCAUAGACCCCAGAGCUGGGGUUUUGGUUAAGAGUCUCUGUCAUUAGUGCUAGAGAUAGUGCAACAUCUGACAAACUCAUUCAACAAAAGAUGUUCUGCUAACAUUUCAAUAUAUGUAGUUUUAGAAAUUGCACUUCUUGUGUCCUCAACAAAACUUAGGCAAAUGCCAGUCUUUGGUGUUCUACUAUUUGGAGCUUGUUAACUUAGUUUUCUACUGGGCAUCUUGCACAGGUUUUUAUGCAGGCAGAACUACCCUUGGCAUUGGCCAACAUUGCAUAUAAAAAGAAUGAGCCUAGACUGCAUAGGUAUAAUUGCCAAAAAUUCUUAAAAUAUAAGAGUUUUGUAAUGCAAGUGUAAAAUGCCUUCCCCCCAAUCUUCUAAUCUCUGCUGCUCUCACACAUGCCCCGGGGAACUAACCUGCACUGAACUGAAAUUGAGCAUGAGCUCAUCCAUAAUCUCAUCUCAGAAUCCAUUAUCUGGUCAGUAUGCUAAAAGCAAUAUGCUAAGGCAGUUUCACAUAUAAAAUGACAUCCCUGGUCUUCUCAACUCUGUGGGCUAUGUGUUUCAGCUGUCCUGACUCAUGUACUUAUGUAACCUUAAUGUUGUCUUGAUGGCAUAUAAAAGGAUGCAUUUAAAAAUGCAUUUUGCACCUUAAGUGCUCCAGAAAAACGGCACUGUGUAUUUAGGUCCUCCUCUAGACUUUGUGCUGUUCCUCAGUGGCUAGAAAGAUGAUUUCUAAUAGAACUGUGUGAAGCAGCCCCAUUUAGAUUUGGGGUCUAUCUCAGUACUUCAGGGAGCUCCUGAUUUGAUUUGGGGUUUCAGGGGGGCUUAUUCUUUUGGGGCCAAAGCUUGGCUACCCUCUUUGCCAUUCCCCGGUCCAUUAAGUUAUUUGCUUGAUCAGACAGGAGGCAGGGUGGAGGCAGCUUAUUUUGCUCCAGGUGGUGAGGGAGCAGCAGCAGCUUGAGAUUUUUAAAUUACUGGCAGGAUUUCCCUUGCAGUCCUGGGAAUGGUGUGGGUACUUCUGGAAGUUGCCAUGGCUGCAGUACUGGGAAAUACAGCAGUUCCCAAAAGUAGCUACACCACUCCCAGAACUGCAGGGGAAACCCUGUCAGAAGUUGUGUUAAAUCUCAAAUCACCAGUCCCUUGCUCCUAGGAGUAAGAUAAACUGCCACUCUCCUACCCCUCUAGUAUACCUUCAGGAGCUGAGGGAGCACCGGCAGUGGGGAUAGAUUGAAGCAACGCUUUGGUGGUCUCCCCAAACCAAAUUGAAUCUGAAUAGACCUCCAAAGGUUCACACAGCCCUAGUUUCUAAAUCUUUCUCCUAACAUCUGCUUUCUUGCUUAAUACUGACGCCUGAUCAUGUUGUAAUGUUCGUUUUCCUCACUACUGUACAAGUACUCAAAAAUGAAAGAAAUAAAGUCUUUGAAACAAGAAGUGACCUCUAAUGCUGUGAGCUACUACUUAUCUGAAAUUUCUAAACCAUAUUAAAAGAAUUAAAUAUUUUAUUUGGGGGGGGGGAUCACAUUCAUUAUAAAUACUAAGAAAACGUUUAGUAUCUCAAGAAUAACAGUAAUGAUGAUGACUUUAGCUAGAAAGUAGUUCUGGAGAGGUAAGAUUAGUACUGUAUUGUCAAAUAGUCCAAUUUUUUUCUUUCCCUCUUGUUUUGAAAAUUUCAAAUUAGAUGUCUUUUUAUUUAUAAUUUGCUCAGUCAUUCAAGAAGAUAAAGUAUUGGCAUAUGAGCAUAGAUGCCUUUGUAAUGGUCAUUUGUACAUAAAGUUGUAGUUAUUUAUUUUUCCCCAUUUGUAUCAUAUCAAGGCUUUGUAAAUGUUUUAAGUUCUGUUUUCAGAUUAUUUUGUAUUUUAUUUUUAUAAACUGGUUCUAAAUAAAAAUCAUUCAGCAUGCAAACAAUGA